CCUAGUUACCAUACCUUCGCUGUUGUCUUUGCGUAGCAACGAAAAAGAAGCCAAAAAUUGACCAAAAACUUGCUAAAAUGUGAUUACAGUAACUCAGAAGGCACAGCUAAAGAACGCUAAGGAAUAGAGGGGCGAGUUCUACCAUCAUAAAGUUUUACAUACGACAAGAAUAAGAAAUGUGGUGAACAAUAUGACGACAAGUCAACUGACUUCUUGAAAUCUUUGCACUUUACGACAUUGACUUUUUGGCUUCUGUUUUACAUCUGGUUUAGCUUCCAUCUAUUUUUCAUAUAACUUAAUGAUUUAAAACUACAAUGGAAGAAGAAAAACCAGAAAAAGUAACUCCAGAGUUUGAAAACAAGGAAGAAUCAGCUGUGAUAUCGGACUCGAAUUCGUCUGAAGUUGUUUCUGGACGCUCUACUCCAGAUAAUAUUGAUUUUAAACAAGACGAACCAAAGGAAGCAGAAGUUGACCCCGAAAAAGUUAAACAAGAUGUUGCUGCAAGAGGAAUAAUCAGACCAGUCAAAUCUUUCAACAAAAGUGCCACUUUGAGAGGUUCGUUUGUUUCAGACGUCCCGGUGACAAGUGAAUCUGACUCGUCUUUAGCGAAUCCGAAAGUUGAACCAGACGACAAUAAUAACAUUAGUGACGGACCCCUUUCGUCGUCUAGCACCGCAUCCAGUACCGAUAUCCCCAUUAAUAAUGAUGACGGUGAAUCUAAAGGACCGGAAUUUGUCAAAGUUGGUGAAAGAACAAAAAGUUUUAUAACGCGCCAAGUAAAUGAGACUGUGGAGCUGUCGUCUGUUUGCACACAAACUGAGAAUAGCUGGCUAAAAGAUAUCGAUUUAUUUGAAGAGUUACUUAAACAAAAACCAGAAUGGAUUAAUAAAAUAAGGCUCCAAAGAAAGGAGUCUGAAUCAUCAAUUAAAAAAGAGGAUAUUAGCAAACCAAAAGGUCAUGUUCGACGGAAAAAGAAAUCACUAUCAAGAACAAGUUCAUCACCAGGCUCACCAUUAAUUGUUGACAGUAAGGCUGAUGAUGAGGAAGUGCAAGUAAGACUAGAGAGCGAAGAGAAAUUAUCCAGAGAGCCAAGUGGUAGCAAAUCUAGACUUUCAUUUGGAAGUCCAUUACCUCAGACACCCAAAGAAGACAUCUUAUAUCGUCCACCUACAGUUGAGAUGUUUUCAAGUAGUGAUUCUGAGUAUGAAGAGGACUACGCUCCUGACGAGAGCAUUCUUAUUCCAAGUAUAGGGCCACCUGCAAUACUUCAGUACUUUAAAGAGUCUCAGCAUCCCCCUAUAGUGAACAGUGAGAUGGAUGAAGAGGCACAAGGGAAGGAAUUUCUUAAGAAAAGUCUUUUUACCGGUCCAUGUAUGUUUUGUAAGAAUGAGGUUUUACCAUUUCCGACAGAAGAAGAAUUAGAGAAUCCAGAAACUAAACCUGAAGAUCUAUUUUGUUGUUUGGAAUAUGAGCGAUUUAUCAAGUUUGAAAUCUCACAACGAGGUGACACGUCACAUGUCAGAGAUGAGUUGAUUGAUAUCAAGCCUCAUCCGCCAUAUGGUACUAAAGCUGCAAGGAAGGCUGCAAAAGAGAGAGCUGCUGAAAGGGCACGGCAGAGGGAGAUGGAAAGACAGAAGGUUGCUGGUGCAAAUGCCACAAAUUUUUAUGCAUUAACACGACAGAUGAAGACAAUCACCUAUUCCCUGGCAUCCACCAAAUGUAUGGAUGAGGGUUGGACAGUCAAACCUUUAACGCCUAUACCUGAUGAAAGCAGUAGUAUAUUGGAUCCAUUUGUCAUUGAGGUCAACCCUAUACAACAGCAAAAGAGAGCAUUUUUGGAGCGUUUCUAUGAAAAUGGACAAAGAUUUCUUAUCAUCCUUCCUGAUGGCUCAGGCUGUUGCUACUACCCUAGUGGAAAUAUCGCUGUCAUCAUUACCACCACAGAGAAAGGAAAGUUUACGUACAUUGCAUAUGAGGAUAAUAAUGACUAUGAUGCCACUCAGUCUGGAAUGCUUGCUGUGUUUGACCCAUCAGGCCAUGGAACAUGCUAUUUUAGAAAUGGAACCGUCAGGCUUGUGCUUGAUCCUUAUGGGGGCGUAUUAUUGGAUGUACGAGGUGCACGGAGGAAGAAGUGGUCAUGGCACAACACUAAAGCGCAUGUCCAUGCUCCUCCCUUUCAGCCAAUCACGUUCAGUAUCACUAAACAAUUGUCCGUUCGUUGCCUAACACAGGAUAAGAUUAUACUAACGUACAACCAUGGGAAGUAUACUGCCAAAUUUAAUGUUGGAUCAAAAUUAAAGGCCGUACGAGGACUCAGGACUCCUCCACUCGACCGUGACGAUUACGAAGUGCACCUGGCAGAGGUCAAACAGUUUAUCAACAUUGUACUCGACCGCACACAAAAUGCACUUCGUCUACCGAAGUACUCUCGUUUAGACAAGAUUCCACUCCCCCACAGGCUUCAGAAGGCAAAGGAAACUCAACGAGGGAAAUUGAGUGCGUUACGAACACCAAGUCAACAAGGUGCAGAUUCGACUACAGUUACUGUAAAUUAGAUUAUUAGACUUAGUAUUCUUUGUUUUUAAUAAUUUAUGUAAAAAGAUAUUCCUUGUUUUGUAGUUGUUUAUAGUAUAUUAAAGAUAUUUUUCUAUUA